UUUUAAUUUUUCAAUUUUUUUUUACGUAAAUGUAAAAUAUUAUAGUUACUCAAAUAAUUGUUGUAAUUUAGCAUACUUUUGCGGGCCAAAUGUUAAAUGAUGUUGGGCUGGAGUUGGCCCGCGGGCCGUAGUUUGGUCGUCCUGGUUUAAUCGACUGCGAAUAAACAGACUCAGUUAAAUGGGACCAUAGUUACCUAACAUAUAACUGUCAUAGGAGAAUACCUAACAAUUAUAAUAUCAUAAUGAACUUCUAGUAUGAGUUAAAUCUAAAACAGUUUAAAUGUAUUCAAUAAAUUAUUUACUAUAAUUAUUAAAUGUCUUAGUACACAUUUUCUACAUUUUAGUCUCAUGAAAAUAUUUAUAAACAGAUAAAUUUAUUUUAUUUUAAGACUGUUCUUUUGUAUUUGAAAUGAGUUUAAAGUAUAAAUCACCUCUAAUAAAAUCAAGGAACACAUCUGCUGCUUCAAAUGAUGCAUCACCAAAUGUUGAGAAACAUCCACAACUGGCUGACAAGAAGUUAAUGGAUAACAAAUUGAGCAAUAUUUUGGUGUACGACAAUUACCCACAGCAUUCUUCACCUAUUACACAACAUUGGCGUGGACGUGGUAGUAGCUCACCAAGAUUCAGUGGCCCACGUUUUACAGGUUCACCAAGGUUCAGUGGCCCAUGUCCUUCAGGUUCACCAUACCAAUGGACUCCUCCAAACCGAAUGAAUAACAGUUGGAAUUCAAACCCUAACAGUUCAGGUAGAUAUACAUCACAAGAACAAAAUAGUUAUUCAUCACCUAGACCAGAAUUCAAAAAAUAUAAAAAACAAAACUUAAAUAAUUAUUCAAAUCAGUAUAGUAAUGAAAACAACAAUGAAAGUUAUUUUCACCCAUCAAUGUUGGAAGAUCCAUGGGAAACACUAUUAAAUAGUUCAGAAAAUAAUAUCUGAUGAAGAGACUUAUAUUUAUAAUCACACAAGUUUUAUUGUAAAAUACUUAUUCAAUUGUUAGU